CACUUCCUCACAAACGACCAUCUUGUGAUAUCUAAAGAUGACUGUCAUGUGCUUUUCUCAUUUCAUAAUAUUAAUCUAUGGUUGAGCAAUGAGGAAAGAGAAAACAUUCAUAAAGAUUCUGGUCUAUUUCCCCACUUACCCACUUCUCAUUGUGUGCUUUGAUCAAAUUAAAGGACUUAUAAAUGUCUGCUGUAGCUGUGUCAGAGGGCAGUUGAAAUGACAGGGCUGAGGGGAAAGUCCUGUGUCUUUUAUUUCUCUGCAUGUUUGGGUUUUUUUCUUCAGUUUCCUCAUUCAGUGAAAACAAUGCAAAUGUAGCUUGUCACAUGAAUGAUUUGAAGGCGUUGCGUGGGUUGCACCAAUAAGGAUUACAUUUUAACCUAAGGUUUAUCGAUUACUGCCAUAAUGGAGACUACUUGGACUGAUCCAGUCCAUUCAAUUGAGCUGAAGUCUUUCUUCAUAUCAGAGGAGUAUGGAUUUGUUCUUGAGGACCCUUUGACUGAACUCCCACACUGUUAUCAGCCAUGGAUGGAUAUAGCCAACAACCUUACACACCUCAUAAAGACUCAUCAACUCCGAGACCUGGUGAAAAAGAUGCCUCUUCUGAGCACACUCCAUCUCCAUGGAUACCGGCAGCUGAGGCUCGCUCACCUGGCCUUAGGUUUCAUAACCAUGGGAUACGUGUGGCAGGAGGGGCUUCACCAGCCAGCUCAGGCAUUACCCAAAGCCCUGGCUGUCCCAUACUGUAAUGUAUCUCAAGCUAUGGGUCUCCCACCCAUCCUGGUCUAUGCAGACUGUGUUCUGGCUAACUGGAGGCUCAAGGACCCAAGCCGACCAAUGGAAAUCGGAAACUUAGAUACCAUCUUCUCAUUUCCUGGAGGGGAGAGUGGUAAAAACUUUUUCCUGGUCUCCAUGUUGGUGGAAAAGAGUGCAAAUUCAGGAAUACAGGGUGUAAUUUCUGCAGUGAAUGCCAUGGUGACAUUUGAUAUAAGUAGUUUACAUAAGGCUCUUCAGAGAAUUACUUUGUCUCUCAAAAACAUGGAGGAGGCGUUUCGGAUCAUUCACAAUCAUGUAGACCCAAAAAUAUUCCAUGGGACGUUCCGAAUCUAUUUAUCUGGAUGGAGAGACAACCCGUUGCUGCCAGACGGUUUGUGGUAUGAGGGGGUCAGAGAGGAGCCUCUGCGGCUGUCAGGAGGAAGCGCUGCUCAGAGCUCCUCCAUCCAGAGCCUGGACACACUGCUGGGCAUUCAGCAUGAUCUGGACUCAGCAGGCUUUCUGAGGCGAAUGCGGAGCUACAUGCCCCCGUCCCAUCGGCAGCUGAUAGAGACUGUAGCCGCCAGCCCGUCUCUGCGCUCCUUCGUGCUGUCCAGUGCCGACCCCUCCCUCUGUCAGGCGUACAACACCUGCGUCUCUGCUCUGGUGGCACUACGGAGCUACCACCUCAACGCCGUGGCCAGGUACAUCACAGUGCCCAGGCAGAGGGGGCAAACAGGACCGGUGGCGGGCUGCCCAUUCCGUGGAGCGUGCGAGGGCCUCAGUGACCGCGGCACGGGAGGUUCCAACCCCAUGACAUUCCUGAAGAGCGUGCGAGACUGCACCAGAAAGGCACUCAUCACCCAACACGUGAGCCUAGCAGAGGCAUGAGGACACAUGGGAUGAUACAAUAGACUAUGGUACACUUGAUGAGUAAUAGCUAAGUGUUUGUUCAAAGCACCACUCUUUUCUGAGAUGAUUAUACCAAAACUAUAAAACCCAGUAGAGUGUUUAGGUGUAGUCUGUAUUAUUUGUAGUUAUCACUGAUUUAGACAUUUAUACUCUCAGUGGAUUCAUUUCAACUCAUGAUUAUAAAUGUAUAAAAGUAGUAAUGGCAUUAAUGAUGUUGUUCAGUAAGGGUUCUCAUGGCUCAGCUGUCAACAACCAAAUGUAAUGUUUAUGUUUAUGUUUACAUUAAUAUCAUCAACAACUCUCCAUCCACAUACCCAUUUUGUGACUAAGUUGUUCUGAAUCAUUGUUACAGUUUGUCACUUUGGUGCAUUUCUCAAAUCACAGUGAACAUUUGCACAACAGUGCAUCUCAAAACAAUUUUACAGUUUAUGCCUUAAUAAGCAAAUAUUUAUGCCAAUGAAACAGUCAGUGCAAUCAUAAUGUCAUUGUUUAUGUCAAGAUAGUCAAAGUUUUGUCUUGUUGUCAAUAUGACAGUUUACUCUGUAAGUAUUUUGUAAUGAACAAUGUGCAUUAGAAAAUAUUUUCUAUUUCAAUUGUUGACAAACAUUCUAUUGUUGACAAACAUUGGGACAGUAUAAAGAAAACAAAGGCUUUUACAGCAUUGUGCAAAUGAAAAAUACAGUAAAACUCCUCUUGGUCAGAGCUGUGCACCUCUGUAUCUUUCUGUACAUUAUGACGUUCCUUUCUGUCAGGUCACAUGCUAGACAGACUAUGACAACUAGUUAUGACAAAUAGUAACACAUUUGCAUGUAAUGACACAAGCAAUGAAAUAAGGCCAAUUUGUUUUAUGGGGUAAACAAAUGGGGUAUUCAGCAAGGAACCAGUAUAGUGCAUUUUGACCAACAUGACAUUAGCUAUUGAAAAGAAGAAGAAAAAAACAGCAGACAUUUGUACAAAAUCAGUUGCAUGGAUGUACGAAAGCACUGCUGUUUGGAGACUGGGAGAAACUGCUUCAAUGAUGUGCACAAGUGAGGAGAUGGAGUUUGAACAAACAGUUUUGAGAAUUGCCAUUCUGAUCUGAGAAAUGCACCAAAGCAACUGAGAAAACUAAUGUUGAGGAAACCAAUUCAACUCAGCUCAGAAAUGUCAUGUGUUUGCACGAACACAAGAGGUCAGUAGUGUGUUAGUUACAUAGAACAAGUUCACAAUCCUGUUUAACCGUUACUGGUGGCUGAAGAUCCAUAGCAAUGUUUGCAGGUGUCUGGUGAAACCCGAUGCCUAUUCUAAAAGCACUCAUCACUUUUUAUUAGUAUUAUUUUCAUUCCUUUGAUGGUCAUGCAUAAAAGGAAAAGAAGAGGAAGAAUCAUUUGAUUAUAUUGAAAUUAAAAUAU